UGCUGUAGUAGUAGCAGCUGUGUUUUGCUGCUGUAGUAGUAGCAGCUGUGUGUUGCUGCUGUUGCUGUAGUAGUAGCAGCAGUGUGUUGUUGCUGUAGUAGUAGCAGCUGUGUUUUGCUGUUGUCGAUGUUCCUGUAGUAGCUGUGUGCUGCUGUCGUCGUUGCUGUUUGUGCUGCUGUAGCUGCUGCUGCUGCAGCUGUCGAGGGGCAGCUAUGCCACUGUUAGUAGGGGGAGAGGCAUUGGGCGCGUGCCCCUCCACUCGGAGCUUCAUUGAGAAAUACGGGGCCGGCUACCAGGCCGACGCUGCUGCCCUGAGGGCCCAGCCCGUCCGCACUGUGGGCCCCGAGGGCCUCGUCUACGUCCACCAGGGAGAGAUGGCGGCAACUGAGCCCACAGACGAUGCCGCAUGGCUGCUGGGCUCGGAGGAGGCCACAACGUGCCAUCUGGUGGUGCUGCGCCAUAGCGGCAGUGGGGCCGUGUGCCUGGGCCACUUUGACGGGAGCGGCACCGCGCCGGGAGCGAGGGCGGUGGUGGACCACGUGCUCGCUCUGUCACCCACGCAGUCGCCCGGCCGGUUGGAGCUGCACGUGAUUGGAGGCUUUGAAGAUGAGAGGGGCAUCUCUCAGCGCCUCACCCUCGACGUGCUGGAUGCGUUCAGCCAGCAGAAGGAAGAAAUCCACCUCGUCACGUUCUGUGCCUCUGAACUGAAUGACGAGCUGCGGGAAGGACACCACUGGCCCGUGAUCUACGGCAUCGCUGUGGAUGUCCGCGCGGGAUCUCUGUUCAGGGCCCGGUUUCCAGACAAGGGUCCCGACCGGGCCUUGAGGAACUCCAGAAACCACGGUGACAACAAGAUGGGCGUGAUGUACUGCAGGGCUAGUGGCGAGCUCACCGUGCAGCCCAUCGUGUGGACGCGCUGGGACAACGUGACGCUGUGGCUCGUGCAGCCGGACGACGUGAUCAGACAGUUCCUGUCCACGUCGCCGCUGGUAGAGCCCCCGGACUUUGCGGCGAACAUGCGCCAGUUGAUGCGCUUCAUGCUGCUGCACCCCGAGCCCAGCGAGGCCAUCUUCCCCGCUGGCGCGGCUCGCCGAUACCGCCGGGGCCCCCGCGGAUCCUGGCAGAGGGUCCCCUGAGGAGGGGCCCCGGUGGGCGUCCGGCACUCUGACGCAGCCACAUCACCUACCGCCCCACCCCCCACUCUGUGUCAGCCAGUGACUGGGCCUCUCUCCUGCCCCAGCGCAGCUGCACCGCCUGCACGCUCGAGCAGCAGCUCCGUGGUUCAGUCGCUCGAUGCCAAUGUGGAGGUCUCCUGCUGCUGCUGCUGCUCGCCGCGACGAUAGAGGCCUUCAGCAGAGAGAGAGCUCGUGUCGCUGUUCCUCCUCCUGCGAUGUCGUUGAAAGAGCGCGCGGACCACAGUGGGUUUACUGUGCAUGGUCCGUAUUUUGGGUUGCGUGGCCACGAUCGCACUCCUGGGGGUUGUGUCUUUAUGUUCGUGAAGGAGACGUGAAUCAUCGGAGUGUAUUCCUGUUCUGAUGAUGCGGUUGAUGGCCGGCAAGUUACAACCACAAACAAUACGGAAUCUUUAUUUCGACUGCAGAAGGAAUCCGACGAGCUUUAAAGCUCUUUUUCACACAUGUCCAGUAGGGGCCGUUUAGAACGUUACAACAACGAGUGCAAAAAAAAACGACAGUGAAACGUUUCAGAAAGGUAAACAAUACUCUUUGUUUUUUUCGGUAAAGUCACGUAGGUAAAAUAAAAGAAAAGAAAACAAAUUAAAUCACGACGUUUCGGAGGCAACACAAGCUUCCGCCUUCAGGUGGAACAGUCAGCAGAAUAGCUGUGCCAAGUGGGGGAGCUGUUGAGAUGACCGGGAUUAUAUACAGGUGAGUGUACUGGCAGUCUACAUUAUAGACUGCCAGUACACUCACCAAACUUAAUAACCAGGCUACAGUCUACAUUAUAGACUGCCAGUACACUCACUAAACU